GUCUUACUCGCCAGCCACUCAAUUCUUCCGACUCAAAUUAUCAGGAAACAUCUCACUCCUCUUCCGGUGAUUCAAUCCAAUCCAAUAUGUCGGCUUUCAAGACUGCUCCCGGUGGAAAAGCAAAGCCCAGCAAGAGGGCAAAGAAGAACAAGCCGGCUGAAGAGCCGAAAGUCCAUGAGCCGGAGCUCCAAACCGCAGCUCCUGAGGCCUCUAUUCCUGGACUGUCUGGGCCAUUUCAUGAUAUGCCAACAAUGACUGUUGACCCGCCUGUUGAUCAAGCCACCGAUGACUCUUUAAAUCUUGAAACUUCAAGCCUUGUCAAGACAGCCAAUACACAAGAUGAUGAUGUAGAGAUCACCAAGACCGACUUUACUGAACCGGGGAGACCUACUAGGCCAAGCAUUCUGCCAAGGAAGAACAUGUUGAACCACACAAAGUACGAUUUGAUGUUGCCAACUAUGCUCAACUGGGCAUUGGUGAACUAUACUCUGGCUUUCUCAGCCAAGUACACAACAGCCGUGACCUUGAGAUGGACAUGGUGAAGCAAAUGCACCACAAAUUUGAGACCACCACUGCUGAACUUCAAUCAGAGCUGUCUGACUUGAAGACCCGUCUGGAGCUGCAAGAGGCUGAGACCCAGAAGGCGAACUCAAUGUUUGAAUCUAGCGUGGGUGAGGCAGAAAAAUUGAGAACCGGCUUUGAAGCUGAAAAAAGCGCCUGGGCUGAAGAAAAGAUUGCUUUGACCCAACGGGCAGAAAAGGUAGAGGCGGCUCUCGAGGAAGCCACCACAGAACUUACCGGCUUAAAAUGCGAGGUGUCUCAGAUGGUGUCUGCUAUCUUUGGCCCUAGGAGCAGCAAUCUCAACCAAGACAUGCUUGUAAAGCUAAAGGCGAUUUACACAUUGGUAGAGCAGCUUUACACUGGUGCUCAGCGCGCAUUGGCCACAAUUGCCGCGUCCAAUGAAGCCCCCACACUCUUGGUUGACGUGCUAAGGAAGCUUUCUGUGCUGCCCCAGCGGUUUAAUGAAAUGAAGCGAUCAUUUGCGAGAGCUGGAGCCAUGACUUCCUUAAGCCGGGCCAAAGCAUGGAUACCGGAAUUAGACCCGGCCGACAUCUCUAUCGGGUAUCCAAGCCUCAAGGAGGACAACACUCCGUUUGAACAGAAAGACUUUGCUGCUUGCGUGAAGGAGAUACGGCCUCUGGCCAGCCUGAUUGCCAAUGAGACAGACCUCACCAAGUAUCAUCUGGCUUAUGACAUGGGAAAUCAGAAGAUGCCAACACCGUCUUAUAAAGUGACAGGCCUGACCCCCCCAAUCCGUAAGCACACCUUUGCCCCUGAAGUUGACCCGUCCAAGCUAAUUGAUGAUGAAGCUGAGUUUCAAGCAUUGAGUGGCAUUGACUGGUCGUCAUCAACCUUCCAGGAUGUAGAACAGGACAAAGAAGCGGAGAGGGUCGAUCAGGAAGCAUCAGGCCAGCAAGAAGAUUGA